AAAAAGAAAAAUCAAAAAGUAAUUUUGGGCGUCCUCCUUUCCCAGCAUUCGCUUUCCCUUUCACAGUAGAAAAAUCAAACCCUUCAUACAUAGAGAUUUAUAGAGAGACCCAGAAAAAGGGGGAUACCCACUUUCUCAAUGGACGCUGCAGCAGUUGAUAGGAUCAUUGAGAAGCUAAUAGAAGUCCGAUCAUCGAAGCCUGGCAAAUUGGUGCAGCUGUCCGAGUCUGAAAUCAAGCAACUGUGUGUUGCCUCUCGUGAUAUCUUCCUCAAACAACCCAAUCUCCUUGAACUUGAAGCACCCAUCAAAAUUUGCGGUGACAUUCAUGGGCAGUACAGUGACCUGUUGAGGCUUUUCGAAUAUGGUGGUUUUCCUCCGAAGGCUAACUACUUAUUUUUAGGUGAUUAUGUAGAUCGUGGCAGGCAGAGCUUGGAAACAAUAUGCCUCUUGCUUGCCUACAAGAUUAAGUAUCCUGAGAACUUUUUUCUGCUUAGAGGAAACCAUGAAUGUGCUUCAAUAAAUAGGAUAUAUGGGUUCUAUGACGAAUGUAAGCGCCGGUUCAACGUGAAACUGUGGAAAUCCUUUACAGACUGUUUCAAUUGUCUUCCUGUGGCAGCACUUAUUGAUGAGAAGAUACUAUGCAUGCAUGGGGGUCUCUCGCCUGAUCUUUCUAGCUUGGAUCAGAUAAGAAACUUACCACGUCCAACUUCCAUCCCCGAUACCGGUUUGCUUUGUGAUUUACUUUGGUCAGAUCCUGGUAAAGAUGUGAAGGGGUGGGGGAUGAACGAUAGAGGAGUUUCAUACACCUUUGGCCCUGAUAAAGUUUCUGAGUUUUUGUCAAAGCAUGACUUGGACCUUGUCUGUCGUGCCCAUCAGGUCGUGGAAGAUGGUUAUGAAUUCUUUGCCGAGAGGCAGCUUGUCACCAUUUUUUCAGCGCCCAACUACUGUGGAGAGUUUGACAAUGCCGGUGCUAUGAUGAGUGUUGAUGAAAACUUGUUGUGCUCUUUCCAAAUUCUUAAGCCAGCUGAGAAGAAAAAUAAGUUUGUGAUGUGAUCAAAGAUGCUUCCUACUUUUACAGAGGUAACUCUCUUCUCUGUCCUUGUCAUAAUGGCUGC